GUGGUUGGCUGUGUUGUGUGCGGUAUUGCAUAAAAAUGUAAUCGAAAAACCAGCCCUUAUACGGCGCGGACGUGUAAAGAUUUAUCCUUACAUUUAAUUUGGGCUUAUGAAUAAAUACAGUGUAUUUUUGAAUGACUGGACUCAACUCGGGCCGUUAAGAAAAAACAACUAUUUAUUGCUUAAAGUUUACAACUUUUUAUUAACUUUUUGAUCUUUCAAAAUGAUAACAAAUGCAGUGAUUUUUUUGUCUAUUGUUAUAGGAACUUUGGGUCAAGUGUACGAAGACAAGCGAUGUAAAUGCGUGUGCCCGAGCCCCGCCAUGGUGUUCAACAGCACUGUGAGUCCGCAACGGAAGCUGUACAUAGCUGACGUACCGCCCAGCAAGUGCAACUGCAUAGAAGUGGUGCUGCCGCGGCUGGGCGACUUAAGAGGCCGAGAGGCCGAGUACUGCCCGAGGUGCGAGUGCAAAUACGAGACGCGAAACACCACUGUUAUUAAGGUGGUGGUAAUAACGGUGGUCUGGCUAAUAGCCUUACUGCUUGUCUACGCAGGAUUCCUUGCUUGUCUGCAGCCACUUAUGCGACGAAAGCGGACCUACAAGGACCACUCUGAAGAGGCUCGACAUCUGAUGCAAAGCUACGGCGACGAAGACUGA